AGCCCAUAGGCCAUAGGCAAAUCAGUCCUGGUUGUGGUUGGUUUACCGAAUUAAACCGGAGAACUGUAAAAAACCGGCCGAUAAAAUAGAAACAACAUUCUUUAACUUUCACACAAGAAUCCGAGUCUCCGCCUUCACCGCCUUCCAUUCUAAACCCUCAAUUUACUCCUCCGCCACCAUCUUCCGUCGCCUCAGCGAGAUUUUGCAAGUUGGUUACUUGCUGGGCGCUUUUUCUACUGCUGCCUUCCUCUCCAAUUGGAUAUUUGAGCUUCUCCAAUGCAUUUUCAUGUCUUUUUUCCAUAUAUAUAUGUUCAGCAAUCUCUUCUGACUAGACACAUUCACUAAAUUUGGGUGUUGAGAUUGGCGUAUGUAACUAGAGAAGAUGGAUCGUGUUAGCAGCCUACCAAACGAGCUUCUUUGUCAUAUAUUGUCCUUCCUUACCACAAAGGAGGCUGCUUUGACUUCGAUUCUCUCCAAGAGGUGGCGCAAUCUCCUUGCAUUUGUCCCUUAUCUCUACAUUGAUGACUCUGUCUUUCUCCAUCCUGAAGAGGGUAAGCGGGAUAGGCCCGAAAUUAUACAGAGCUUCAUGGAUUUUGUGGAUAGAAUUUUGGCUUUGCAGGGUGAUUCUCCCAUUAAGAAAUGCUCCCUCAAGUGUUUAAGUGAGGUUGAUUCAGUUCGUGUAGAUGGUUGGAUAAGUAAUGUGCUGGCGCGUGGUGUUUCCGACCUUGAUCUAUUAAUCAUUUUGGAUAUGGAUGGAGAUGAUAAAUAUCGGCUGUCUCCAAAAUAUUUCGAGAGCAGUACACUAGUUAAGCUGAAAAUAGGCUGUGGAAUUGAGAUUGAUUGGUUGGCUGGGAGCAUUUUCUUACCUAUGCUUAAAACUCUCGUUAUUGAUUCAGCUCGGGUUAAUAAGUUUGAGAUUCUUCUAGAUGCUUUGCCUGCACUUGAGGAAUUAGUCCUGGUUGACGUAAUCUGGAAAGAUGUGAACGUAUCAAGUGCAAGCCUCAAGACCCUAACAAUAAAGGACAGCGAUUGUUUAGGCAUUUUAUCAUUUGAUACACCGAGUCUCGUUUACUUUAAGUACACUACUUUUGUUGCAACGGAUUAUCCAGUAGUUAAUAUGAAAAACUUAUGUGAUGCUCAAAUUAACUUCUUAUUAACUGAAGAGCAACUCCAGCGAGCUAGAGAACCAGAUGAUGAUGGUCAUUGGUUCGACCAAGACAUUGCUCUCGGUUAUAGUAAUGUGUGGAAACUCUUUCAUGGCAUACAAAAUGUUCAGUAUCUGGACUUGUUUCCGAAUACUCUCGAGGUGCUUGCUCUAUGCUGUGAAUCGACAGUGUUCAAAAUCCUCAAAUCGUUAGCUAUUAAGAGUAACAUGAAUAGAGGAUGGCAAGCAAUGCCAGUUCUACUCAAGAAUUGUCCACAUUUAGAAACUCUAGUCAUUGAUGGUCUCUUUCACCAUGUCACAGAUAAAUGUGGGGAUGCUUGUGAUUGCAUUUCUCGGGAGGAAAAAGGUCAUUCGCUCACAUCUUGUCCAGUAAAGAAGUUAGAGAUUCAAGGGUUUAGAGGAACAAUGAAAGAGAUGACAAUGAUAAAGCAUUUCUUGGACCAUUUUCCGUGUUUGAAGGAGAUGGAGAUUUAUGUUGAAGAGAAUGAUCCUACAGAGCUUAGAUUCCCUGAAGUGUCUAAAGUUAUCAAGCAGAUGAUGGAAGAAUUCAACAAGUUAUCGAGUUGCAAUGUCCAGCUCCUUGUGAGUGAUUACUUGUGUAAGAAGUGGACCGCAAAAGGAAGAAUUCUCUGAAGGACAAAACUUGCUCAUAGUUUUGCCAAAGUCCCUUUGAAAUUUGACUUCCGUUCUUGUUUAUUAGCUGGCGUGAAAACCGUUUCAAACCAAACCAAACUAAUCCCAAAACCUUAGUUUCUUCUUCUCUUAUGUUUAACUGAUUUACUAGACAUUUUGUUUCCUAACAUUAUCUUCUUUUUAUGCAAAUGUUUCGGGUCAUUUACCAUGGUUUAAGCUUAAUGUAGGUACACUUUAUAAGUUUAAUUUGCAAAAGACAACUUUUUCA